AUGUGUUUAUCAUCAGAUCCUAAAUGUAAUAAAUCAUUAAUACAAAAUACAGUGAAUAAUCCAGGAUUUGGUCAAGCAAGAUUACGUUUAACAUUUACUCAAGAAGAUCCAUUAUGUGAACAAGGUCUAAGUUAUUCUCGUGUUUCAUUACCAUUUAAUCUUACAGGAAAAGCUUAUUGUAAAGGAACAAGUAUUAAUGUAACACGUAAUCAUUUUGAAUUUUCAACUUGGUUAACACUAUGUGAACUUGAAUUGAAUUUAUACAUUCUUUAA